GGCUACUAUGCUGUUCGUUUUGACCCUGCUCUAUUCUAGCAUUGUCUAUGCAUGCGACAAAGAGCAUCACUACCGACAUCAUGAUCGUCAUCUACAACAGCGCGACACAUCCCCUGUUUUCCCUCCUAUCUUGACGCCAAACGAAGAGGUGUUGAUCUCAUCUUUUGACAACACGUCUAUAGCGUCAUGGUCAAGUUAUUACUCACAUAAGCGGAACCUCGCAGGCGAAAGCGACGCGGUCCCGAAAUGGACUGCUGAGCGAUGGGCUGAACAUGGCUUUGAAACCAGACUAGACAGCUAUCACGUGUAUCUUGACUACCCAGUCCACCGUGCUUUGUCGCUUGACUAUGGUAAUGGGAGCACAUACCACGCCACACUCGAAGAAGAAGUUCUUGAAGAAGACGAAACUACGAGUGAUGUGAAUAGAGUCCCUGCAUUCCAUGGAUAUUCCGGCUCAGGCAACGCAUCGGCCGAGUACGUCUACGUCGGCCGUGCUUCUCAAGAAGACUUCAAACGUCUACUUGCCCUCAACAUCACACUUCACGGCAAAAUCGCCCUCGCGAAAUACGGCGGCCCUUUUCGCGGCCUCAAAGUGAAAAACGCAGAAGCCUUUGGCAUGAUCGGCGCUGUAAUCUUCACAGACCCUGGAGACGACAGAAACAUGACAGCCAAGAACUAUGCCACGUACCCGGACGGGCCUGCAAGGAACCCGAAGAGCAUCCAAAAAGGUAGUGUUAUGGAUUUGAGCACGUAUCCUGGAGAUCCGACGACACCGGGAUAUGCGUCUAAAGAAGGUGUGGAGAGAAAAGAAAAGAGGACUUUGCCAAACAUUCCAAGUUUGCCGCUUUCGUGGACUGAGGCAAAACCGUUGCUGACCGCAUUGAAUGGUCAUGGUGUUGAUGCGAAGACUGUGGAUCGAGCGAACUGGGUAGGAGGAAUUGAUGGUGUUGAGUACAGUUCUGGGCCAUCGAAAGCUAUACUCUCGAUGAGCAACAUUAUGAGGGAUGAGAUCAAUUGGAUUCAUAACGCUAUUGGUAUUCUCAAUGGUACGAAUGAGGAUGAGGUUGUUAUCGUUGGGAAUCAUCACGAUUCGUGGAUGAUUGGUGGAGCAGCGGAUCCACAUUCGGGUUCUGCGGUUCUUAUUGAGUUGGCCAAGGCAAUUGGUGCACUAAUGAAGACGGGUUGGAAGCCGAAACGAACCAUUGUGUUGUGUAGCUGGGAUGCUGAGGAAUACGGUCUAGUCGGAAGCACCGAGUGGGUCGAAGAAUACGUACCCUGGCUGAAAUCCUCUGUAGUAUCCUACCUCAACAUCGACGUAGGCAUAGCAGGCACCAUCCCAGAUUUCGGUGCCACUCCCGAUCUCCACGCCCUCACCACGUCUACAGCACGAAAGAUCAUCUGGCCGCAUGGCUCAAACCGCACCCUAUACGACGAAUGGGAAGAAAAGACUGGCGAGAUCGAUACCCUAGGUGCGCAGAGUGACUACACAGCUUUCGUUCAGGGAGUUGGCAUCUCCGCCAUCGAUAUGGGCACCACACGAGCGCCACUCGAUCCGAUUUAUCACACACAUUCGAACUUCGAUUCCUAUCACUGGAUGACCAAGUUUGCGGAUCCGGGGUUCUUGAUGCACAAGGCUAUCGGUCAGUUCUUGACUCUGAUGUUAUAUCGAUUGGUUGACGAAGAGGUUGUACCGCUUGAGCCGGCGAACUAUGGGGUCGAGAUGCGGGCGUGGCUCGAGGACUUGAAGGGGGUCAUUGAGAACGCGAAUGCGACAACCGCAGUAGAGAUUGGACAGCUCGAGAGUGCAGUUAUCGCGUUCGAAGAUUCGGCACAACAGUUCAAUGCCGCCCGUGAAAUGGCUGUGAGCUCGAAUAGUUCGCUUAUGAUGGAGCAGCUCAAUCACAAGGCGCGCGGUUUUGGGCGCGGGUUCGUCAGCCAGGGCGGGCUUCCGGGCAGAGAUUUCUAUCGAAAUCUUGUCUUUGCUCCUGGUAUCGACACUGGCUAUGCGCCUGUUACAUAUCCUGGUGUGACGGAAGCCGUUACUGCGGGCAAUCUUAGUCUAGCGGGUGACUUUGUUGGGAGGACAGCGAAGGCGAUCUUGACUGCUGCAGCUAUUCUCAUACCCUAGAUGCAGGUUAGCUGUAGCAUGUCAGAAAACAGUUGAAAUGAGAUGGCGAUAUGCUGGCUGCAGUAGACGUAGCGUAUGCCAAGUUGCACGUCAUCCCGUGUGUCUUUCUUCGCUGAGAGCAGACUUUGGGACUGGAUCGUAACAUCACGUGAUGACAUAGUCACUCCAAUACUACAUUCAAACGACGUAUAUUCAGACGUGCAGCACUGAUGAGCGGU